GCCCGAUAAAUGUGCACUGGCAGAUGCUACGCUCGACUGUCCUCGCUUUCGCUGCUCUUGUGUCACUUACUUUGGCAACCCCUUUAAUAUACGAUGGCCGUGCCCCCUUCAACUAUACCAUUGAAGACCUGGACAAUUCUGUGGACCCAUACUUAUCAGUAGUGAAAGGCAGUAUGAAUGCCUCACAUUAUACUCAACUCCUUGGGCACGCGCUCAAUGCUACCCCAUUGUGGUCACCCGAUCUGUGGUCUCCUGUAGAGCAGCCGAUAACUGUUUCGAUUGACAAUACUUCUAUCUUUGUCCCUGGAAGUGGCACGCCUCAAAACGGUUUCCGCAGGACGGAUCUCAUUGCGCAAAAGGAUGGGAACCAUACCGCCUUGAACGCUAUUGCCGAUGUAGGAACCACUGUGUUCCACGUAUCCAUUCUGGAGGAGUUGGAGAAACCUUUGAAUAUGAGCCAUGAGUACCAGAUCGUCUGGAUUGAGCCUAAUGACGGAAGCCACGUUUUCGAAAUACAGCUCGGUUCACCUUUCACCAUCCCUACAGGCAUUGUACCUGUCUCUGAUGCUCGAUUUCUGAAAGUCCGCAACCAUGCGCUUGACCUUCUGUUUGAAACACCUUUUACUCCCUACGACUGGCAUAACUUUGCAGUCCAGAUCGACUGGACGAAUCUUACCCUUGGCGUCUUCUAUUCUACCAAUGGAGAGCCACUGAAGGCUGUCACUGGCCUCGUGGAGAAUUCGAGCGCUUCACCCGGUGCAGCUGGCCAAGGCGACUAUCAUUUUGGUGUACUGAAGCUUCCACUCGCAGAUCCCAAUGAAACAGCUUCGCAGCAGGGCGAUGUUGUGCAUUUCGGUAUCCAGGAGGGUGAUACCGAGGCGCUGACAUAUUCGGGUGUAUUCAUUGAGAGUAUCACUGGAGGCGUCAGUGCAGGAUAUGGGAAGACUAUCGCUCCAAUAUCUUGAGAGGGCGUGCUUGGCCUAAAGUCCGACAGGUUUCGGGAGAGGACUAGAGCUGCAGGAGCGCUGUUGGCCAUGAUUGUCUGAUGUUUGGCGCCUAGAUGCUACGAGAAUAUAGUUGCAGAAGGGUAUGAAGUAGACAGUGUAGUACGAGCCAUAACGGUAAAGCAACAUUUCGGCACAAUACUUUCUCAAUUUGUUUGUGAGCCUCUCGAC